AUGAACGAGGACGCUUCGAAACCACGUCUUCUGCUUCUUCGAGUGCGAUCCGUACUCGUCCGACGGAGCUCGGAGACGUCGCAGAAGCUCUCCAAACUUCAUCGGAGUUUCAGCGCCAAGGUGACGAACAAUGAACGACGUCGGAUGACGUCAUCCAGCUCCAGAAGCUGCACGUCGGCUAGUUCAAGGUAAAUAGGCGGAAAGGACUUUAGGCUUUCAAACAACUUCUCGGUACUUGAAACUUUCUUCGCACUCUUGCGUUUUCCCUGCUAUUUUAUGCUUUUAUGACCUCGCCGGUGAGGAACUAGAGAGUGCAGACAGGUUAGACUGUUUCAAGUCAUUUUAUUCAUUUUUAUUAUGAAAUCCGCGACCGGUAAAACGCAAAAAUUUACUUUCAACGUCUCCUUAGUCAGAAUCAAAUUUAUUUUUUUUUUGAAGUUAACUACUCUUGCUUGACUCCGCCCAUAAAAAAAGUCUUCCAAACCACUUUGACCAUCUUGAAAUUAUUUUAACUUUCUAAUAACACGUUUCUUCCCUUUCUUGAUGUUGACCCUUUCAACUCGUACAAAAAGAUGAAAAGUUUCAAAGGGUGUGUGGAUAAAUAAUUACGCUCCCGGAACUACAAUCAAUUGUAAGUUCGGAAUUGUUUCAUGACUAUGCAGUCUAAUUGCUUUUGCCAUGGUCAAUAAAAACCCAAAAUUUAGAAGGUUUUUUUUAAAAAUCAUACUAGUUCAAAAAAAAAACUGUCCCUAUCGACCAAUUGUUUUAUAUACUUCUGUAACCUGAAAACUCACAACCUCUCCAUUAUCAACUUGUCCAAUUAAGGCUCAGUUUCCCAAAUCUCGCUCUGAAGAAACUUUCAAAGCAGCUGCUAAAAAAUUAAUCAGCCAAUCAGAAAAAAAUGUCCGUUAGGUCGAACAUUAACGUUCUUAAAAAUUGCUAAUGAUCACACUAUAUACUACACUAGACCUUAUCUCUCACGAUCACCCAAAUCGGAGUCUAGUGACUUUCUCAGACGGAAAUAUCUGUUUGGUCCCGCUGAUCAAGUCAGUGAUUGAUAAAAUUGGCUCGGGCGAAAAACGGCCUUCAUGUCAAUACAUAUAUGUUAUCAGCGGCUGAUAAGGAAAUAUUAUUCAGUCGCCCGGCGCUUUCCACCUCAUCGCCUCUAUUAUCAGUGCGGCCUUCUGUUGUACAAACUGAGAAACGGCCGAGGCUCGUCCGGAUGGGCUCAGUUCUGCCGAUGAGCUCCGCGGAGCAAGACAGCUUGGAGCAACUGCCGAAUCGGCCGUCGGAACUCGGCGGCGAGCAGAUUCUCGAGAAUCGCGCCUUUUCGGCGCUGUCGCCAGAGUCAAAGUGAGUGUUUGGGUGAAGAUUUUUUUAAACAGUAUGAAAUAUAAAUUUUGCUUGCAAAAGUUCUUUCAAACUGGAGUUUAUAUUCACUGGCACUUGCCGGAGCGUUCUAAAAAGCAUGGAAGUUUUUUUCAAAAAAAAUUUUUUUUUUCUGUUCAUGAAUUUUCGUUAAUGAUGCUUUUUGGAUGAAUUCCUCUACCGAUAAAUAAUGACGUCAUCCGUCUGAGAUGACGUCAUGAUAAUCAGUUGAAGGGGCAACUUUCCCGAACAUUUCCGGUCCGGGAUUUGUUUGUCCUUGCGGCCAUUUUUUUUUUCUUCCGAACAUCUCGCCACCUUUCUUUUUCUUUCCAUUCAGAGCGUUUUUGCUCUCUUUUUUAAUAUUUUAAACCUACUUUUCAAUUCCGGAUUAGCGAUACCCUUUGAAGUAUUUUUGAAAUUCCAUAUGAUCUUAAUUAUUUUAUUUUGUUCCACGUUCUAUUAUCGAUUAUAAAAGAAUAACUAAAAAUAUCAAAAAAGAAGUUUUAAAACAGAAAAUGGUGCAAACUUUUGACUCAACUAUUUUUGAGUGAGAAAAGAGGUUCAAAAAAAGUGACGUGAGUGAGUCAGGUGAGUCUCCAGUGAGCAAAAAAAGUGGGCGGAGCGAGAGCCCGUUUGAAAAACAACAAACAAAUAAACAACAAAAAAGCGGAAUUUUUACACUGCCUCGGGCGGUUUCGAACUCAUUUUUUCGUUGAAUAUUCCAAAAUAUCAUAUAUUCAGAUUAAAACUUUGUUUUUUAAUGUUCCGCAAGUUCAGCUGAAAACUUUCCGCUUCAAAUUUUUGUCUAUUUUUAUACUGUUUUUGUGAAAAUCUCAGUUAACGUCCGUCCAUUUUUUUCCUGAAGUGAGUUAGUCUCCAUGUUAAGCGAACCUGGAACUUAAUAUUUGGAUAUAUUUCUUAUCAAGACCAAUAAUCUCGAAUUCAAUUUACACCACUCUCUCAAUUUCCUCAAUCCUCUUUCGAAAUGACUUAUUCCCUUAAUGAAAUAUAACUCCCACAUAUGACUCAAUAAACUUUGAUCAUUAACAAAAUAAAAAAAGCUUCAAAACAUACCUUAUCGCAAAAGUUCGAAAACAGAAACAUUCGAUCGCGUCGUUUCGAUUCCCGUUCCAUUCUUUUUUACGUCUUUCGUUUUUGAAGAUAUGCAUAUCGGCGAUGAAAUUGACAAGUUUCGGCGUCGGAAAUCGUUCCGGCUCUUGUUAAUUAAAAGAUUCCUGAAAAGUCUGAGGUAAAACUGUAGAGAACUGUUUGAUAUUGAACAAUUUUAAUUUAAAAAAAAGGACAUAUUCGGAUACGGGGCGCCUAAAGAUCGCCACAAAGCUUUCUCUGACCUACAAUAUUUCGUCGUUUGCUUGCAGCUAGAUAACGACGAAAUAGGGUAUGUCAGACAAAAAGUUGUGGCAAUCUUUAGGCGCCUUCUGUCAGAGUGAUUGAUAAAUUUGGUGUAUACAUAGAAGAUAAUGUCCCUGAAAAUUGAAAAAAAAAAGUCAAACAUCUUGUAGAUGAAUUGCGUUUUUUUGAGUGUUCCAAAAGAAUACUUAAUUCAAUUUAUAACUUGUCUUGCUUCGAUUCACGGUAUGAUUUUCCUAAAAAUAAAAAUCUCUUUGUUGAAAUAUCAAAAUUCGGAAAAAAUACCAUUGAGAAACGAAAGUUGUCUAGCAAUUGAAAAUAUUGAUAAUUAGCCUCCAAUUUGUCAAUUUCCUUGAUUUGAAGCAUAUUCGCUUGUUUUUGAGACAUUUUCAUUUGCAAAUAAAAGUUUGAAACAAAAACUGACCAACAAAAUUUGUAUAAAACUGAAAAUUAUCUUCGAAAUGCGCUCAAAAUAGCACAUUCCUCCAAUUUAAAGGCAUUUUCAAUUGACUUAAAGUGUGUAACGUUACCACUGUCGGAAAAUAAAAAGCAAGAAACAAAAAUAGCAGAAAAAAGAUGAGUGCGCAAAGAAGCUUUUUCUGACGCCUCUCCCUUUUUGGUACACUCUCGCUUCCCCAUGGGGCAAAUCUCAACCAAAUUCAUUAAUUUUUCUUCAUUUUCUUUGGUCUCUCUUUCAUUUCCAAAAUUUCAGGUCCAGUUCGAUAGAAAGGCUUUCCUGCAACGACGAGGACUUUCUCGAUAAUGGACGGUUUUGUUUUCAAAAAUUCAAGAUGGAAAAUUCAAAUUUCAGUAGACAACUCAACGAAGAGAGACGGAAACAGAGCAAAAAAGCAAAGUAUUUCGCUCCAAGGCAUGAUAAGAACAUUUUCAAGGUUUUUUCUUGUAUUUUCUUUUGACUUUUCUUAAGUAUUCUUAAUUUCUAUUCAGAAAAUGCUGCACCCAAGUUAUCACGACAGGAAUCGACACUUCAAAAAGAUAUUCGUACAGAAAGGACGCGUCGAGGAGACGGAUACUUUUUUGGCUUGUAAGUUCCUUUCAAAUGUUUGGAACAUUUCAAGGCGAUUUCAGCCUAUUCAUGUGCGCUCCAGCGAGAUAUCCUCUGCCAAGGACGGAUGUACAUUUCACAGCGAUCCGUGUGUUUUUAUUCGAACAUUUUCGGCUUCGAAUCGGUUCUCACGGUUCCGAUGACCGACGUUUUGGCUAUCACCAAGCAAAAAGCUGCCAAAAUCUUCCCCAACUCCAUUCAGGUACAACUAGAGGCCACUUGAGGAGUUUAAAAUUGCAGUAUGGCUGAAAAAAUUUCAAACCAGCGUUCUGAAAAACAUAGCUCGAAAAUGAAAAAGCCGCAAUACGCUUGAAAAAUGUGCUCCGUGGCUAAUUGGAAACAAAAGAUUUUGCAGUAUCUUUCCUACCAGUUUCUUUUAAACUAAGAAGCUUUAUUUCUGAGUUUCGAAAGGUGUUUCAGGGCAAAAUUUUCAAAUCGUUCAAAAGCUCCAUUUUUUUUUUGAACUUUGAUGUCUUUUAAGCCUUAUCAGGUAAUAUUGAUGUGGUUACAAUUUUUCAUUUACAGAUCAACAAAGCUCAACGAUAGAUCAAAAAUUUCAUAAAAUUCAUAUGAAUUAAGAUUGAACGGAAGUCCGGAGGGAAGCAUUUUUUCGCGUCUUUUGUCAACCGGGACAAAUCUCUCAACGUUCUUCAGACGGUUUUUGACCGCGUUAAUACAGGAAAUGUUGGUUUUUUUUUAAAUCAUGGUCGCACGUGGAAUGGCUUAACUAUUGCAUGAAAGUUUACCCGGACUUGAAACGAGUUGCGCGAGAAUGCAUCGAAAAGCGCGACGCUCUGAGCCAUUCUAGGUGCGGCCAAGUCCAUUCCAAGACGGUUUUCGCUGUCCUCGCUAUCAAUUCCGCUCCGCUUUGCUUUCUUAUCAGUGAACUAUGCGGAAAUUAUUAUGUGGUAUAGUUUUGCCUCGCGUGAUCUUGUUUAACGAUAUUUUUUAUCUUCUUUUUUUGGUUGAGGCAGUGUUGAAAUAUUUGAGUGAUAAGGAAGAUCAUUGAAAUUUUAUGAUUUUUGCUAUUCUUCAAACUCGAUUCACUGAUAGGCUGUGGUAAUAAAAUCGUAGGUUUCUGUGAGGUCUCUUUCUUUUAUACAUUAUUACUCGGCGUUUUUAAUUUCCACUCGAUUUUCGAUCAAAUAGAAGACAUAUCUCUUUAGAAAUGUUUCGAAACAAAAUGUUCCAUCCCAAAAACUUCAACAUUUGAGAACCCCUCGAAUAUUCAAAUUUCAAUAUUGCUGUAAAUCAUGCAAGAAAAGUGUCAAAAGGCAUUCUAGCGGCGAAAUCAACCAAAAAAUUCUUCACACAAACACAUUGAGGCGAUAAAAACGGAAUGGCUUUUUUUCCCAUCGUUCAAUUUGCGUAUUUCAUUUUUCAGCCCAUUUCGCCGGAAGAAUUGUGGGAGAAGAUGAAUAUCGAUUCCGAUAAGGUUCGUUUUCUAUUCUUAUCGAAAAAAAUAAUUGUUUUUUCCGUUCUUAAAAAUCUUUCGGGUUAUUCCUACGAACCCGCACAAAUUUCAAAUUAAUUUCCCUACAGUGAUCACACUAUCCAUUCCCAGACCCUGAUCUCUAUUAUUUUUUUCUUCUUUUUCUGCUUUUGAUCUAUAUUAUUACUUUCUUAUUUUUUUUUUCAUCUAUAUUAUUUUUUCUUCUGCUCAAAGUCAACAAAACUGACGUGAUCACCGUCGUUUCACGUUGUUUGCGCGACUUUUUUUCUGCUAAAGAUUUCUGUUUUUAUUUAUUUAUUCAUUUUCCCUGCUUCUGGAAGGUCCAUUCUUCUUUUCGGAAAGCCAUUUUUCUGAUUAUUUCGUUUUUUUAUUAAUUUUUAUAUAGUUAUUUAAAUAGGCAUUUAGAAUAUCACCAAAUUAGUGGCCACUAGAGUUUUUUUCAGAAGAUUUCAAGUUUUUUUGAGAGGUACCGGACAGAUUUUUCUCUCAACAGAUUUUUUUCCAAAGUAAAAAAAUUUUACUAAUCUAAUUCUCAAAAAUUUCACAGAAAGACCACUUUAGUGAAAACGUGUCUUAAAUGACGACUAUUAUCCUCCUUCAAGUGCCCCCUGGACCUUUUAUCGGUAGUCUUAGAGCGUGAAAGCCAGUGAAUAAUUACACCGAUAGUACUCGAGGGUCCGAACACGAAUUAGCGGGCUCGCAGAGCAACUCCUCUCCUUUCCGCUCCAAACGGAAUUUCGAUUUUUCCUUCCUUCCUGCCCUAGAAACCUGCGCUUCUACGAUGUUUCAAGAAAGUUUUUGUUGAAUUUUGUGGGCGAAGUUGUUUUGAGACAAAAAAAAACUUAUGGUUAUUUCACUUUUCUUUUGAAAAUUUGUACAGGAAUUAUGAUAUUUUGUUUCAGAAACUUUUUGGAAUUUUCCAGAGAUUUCUAAUCUUAGAUGAGAAAAACUGUUUUCUUUUUUUCAAUUUUUUUCAAUUGAAAUAUCAAUUUUCUAAUCACCGAAAAAAAUUCAAUGAAUCAGUUCUAAAUAAAUUAAAAAGAGUCUAAACUGAAAAGGUCCAAAAUUGACGAACGAGCGCCGAUUCAAGAGGAAAAAAGCCAUUUUCUGAAACUUCUGGUUUAUCUUCAAUACACCUUCAGAUUCCUACGAAAUUUCAUAGAGUACUGGAAAAUCUUUUUCUAUACUUCCUAUUUCCUUAAACGUUCCAGAACCCCUCUUCUUGUAGAAUACCUCGAAAUAUAUUCAAAAUUUCUUUUUUUUUUCUCUGUUUUGAGCUGAGAUGUUCGUGCUGGCGGGUGCCACUUCCACUUGUUUUGAUCAACUUCGAUUUUUUUGAAAAAUAUCGAAGUGUUAUUCAAUGGACUUUGAUGAGGAUGGAACUUCAAAAUUCCAAACUUAAAUGAGUCAAAAAUGAGAAAUAAAGAUUGAGAAGAAGGAGGAUAAUGAUAAUAUAUCAACUAAAAUCAGUAUUUGAAGCUUCAAAAGUGAUUCCAAAAUGAUCCGAAAUAGCCUAUUUCAACGACUUUGAGGUUUAAUUCUCAAAAACUAGAAAACUUAACAGGUUGCGAUUAUCAGAACCUGGAACAUAAAAGAGUUUCCUCGCCGAUUUUUCCAUGAACUCCCGAGAGCGAAGUAAAAUGACUUUCCUCGUUGAAAAACCUAACAUUUUUCCGGUUGCGCUUCAAUGAUUCUCUUUUUUUCUGCUUUUUCCUCGUCCGGUCCGUUCUAUUUGUUCCUUUUCUUCUCCUCCUCGCUCGAAGAUGCGCAGGCCCCUCAUUUUUCAAGCCGACUUGCCGCUCCGUAUUUUAGCGCCGAUUCGAGUCGGUCCAAUUCAAUUGGCGACAUUUUUUGACCUAUUUCUUACUGGUUUUGCGGUUAAAAGGCUCUCGGCCAAGCGUCGCGGCUAUUUUCAUCCAUUUUGAAGAUAAUCAUUCGAGAUUUAUGCUCAAAAUUGACUUUUACUGAGGUUGUUGUUUACUUCAGCCGAGUCACAGUUUUUAUUUUGGCGACUCGCCUAUUUUUUUGUCCUCGUCCAUUAGCUAGCCGAUCAGCUUUUUCCUUUGUCCCCCCCGGCUCAGCCACAUAUAUUCAUUUUUUUGUGUUUAUUUUUUUUCGGUUCCGCCUACUUUUUAACCAUGUCGCUGAGAAUCAAAGUAUGGCUCUUUUCCAAGGCUCCGCCCACUUUCUAGCUCUUUGUUUCUCCUCUUAUCAAAUCUGCAUAAUACAUUUAAUUUAAUUAAACCGUCUUAGCCAGAAACUUCUUUUUUGCGACUCGGCUAAUUUCUCGAGCUCCACCCAAUUUCCAAAACCAUUCCAAAAGCGUUUGCGCACAUAUUGACCCAACGACUUUGGACAGUGGUCCGUUUGGAUUCUUUCUUACGGCAAAAAAUGACCUUUUCCUUUUUAGGAGCUAUUUUUAGUCAUACUUGAGGAUUUUUCCGAAUUUAGUCCAUUUCUUAUAUGGACUUCACCCUUUCAAUAAAUAAAAUAAUAUUUCAGGGUUCAUCCUCGAACGCUCCGCCAACACCGAUGGUCGACAGCCCAAUGUAAAUUUCUUUUCAUUAACUUUAAAAAAUGACGUCAAAUGUACGCAUUUUCGAGAUUUGAAAUGACUUGACGUUGAAAAUAAGUUCAUUCCUUCAGCACGCCAACAACGCCGAGCGACGUGAGAAUGAACGUUGAUCAGAAGCGUCCUUCGGACACUUCUCUUGAAGCGGUUCGUCUUUGGAAAUUAAUUGAGCUAUAUUCGAGUGCGUUGUGAGCAUUUCUCAUAGUCAGAAGGUGGCUGGUUCAAGUCCUGUGAGUGCAAUUUUAUUGCGGAAAAUGUACAUUAUGAAGAAAAAUCCCUUUAUCUUUGAUGCUAUGCCAAAGAUAUGCGUUCUAUUAUAUUAAAAUUAAUAUCCUCGAAGCUUCAACCUGUACAAAAUCCUAACUCAAAAAAUAGCGUUUGAACUUUUUGGUUAUCUGCAUAAAGUCGAGGCGACCUUCAAAGCUUCGAUUCUCGAAAAAUAGAAACUUGACAAUUUCAGGUUUAUUAUCCAUUACACCACAGGAUAAUUUGAACCAGUAACAAAGUUUUUUGAAGUAUGAUCGCCAAUACUUUCUCAAUAAGGCAAAAUAUAGUUCUGGAAAAGAAACGCUUGAACUUUCGAUGCUUCCAGGACGACGAUGAAGAAGUUACAUGUCCUUGCGGCGAUCAUGAAGGUCGACUCGUCCUGGACAGUGUCUUUCCGAUGAAUAUCAAAAGACUUCGAGACCUCAUCUUCACAAACAGCGAUUUCUUCGCCAAGUUCAACGAAGAAGCCAAGACGACGGGCUACGCUUCGUCGGAAUGGACUUUCGACAAGGACGGCGUCCAGUCGAGGAGCGUCACCUACACAGUCGCAAUCAAUCAGCCGAUGGCCAAGCAAGUCUUGGCCAAUGAAAGACAGGCAGGGUUUCAAAUACAACUUCAAGCUUUGGAAAGGCGUUUUCGCCGAUCAUAGAGUUGGAAUUUUGGAGUUGUGCCCGCCUUUUCGGCUUAGUCAGCUGCGAGAGACAACCGGAAUCAGAUGGAACGUUAAAGAAAAAACUAGGAUAAGUAGUGAGGUUUUUGAAUUUUCCCCUACGUUGCCAGUUUGUUCGGAGUGAUCGUGAAAAUCUUCAUCUGUUAGUUUCAUUCUCCUUCCGAAGUGUCUUAGACAAAGUAAAGUAUAGAGUGGCGUUCAAGUCGUGGAAUGUCGGGCGCACGAUUUGAAUAAACACAAUCAAUCAAGAAAUUGCUUUUCAGAUCAUCAACUACCUCCCCAAGCCUCUCGACGGCUUCAUCGUCACAAAAGAGUGCCAAAACUCAGGUGUUCCCUACGCUGAGAACUUCGUUGUCAAUGUAAAAUUGAUUUUCGAGAAAUUGAAGAUAACAAAUUAUUGGAAUUACAGUGUACUUACUGUAUCACAAGAGUUGGACGGAAUCAAUGUCGCCUCAAGGUUCAUGGCGGCGUCGUUUUCAAAAAACACACGUUCUUCGUCAUGCGGGGUUCGUUUCUGCUCAUGAAAUUUAGAGAAAUAGUGAAAUGUGGGAUUUUAAAAGCUUAAAGGCGCUAAAGGUUACUGGAAAAAAAUUUUUUCUUUGAGUAGGCACUUAAGAGGUGUUUGCCUCUUUUGAGGGAUCACUUGAGUCAAAAACAGUACUGGUUCCGUCAGAGUCCUUUAUGUCACGAUUGAACUUAAAAAAUCAUGAGAACUAGAGUUCACCAAACCGAUCGUUCGACCAAACGUUCAACCAAUAUUUUCAUGACAUGUUACCAAAAAUAUGAUUGAUUAACAUUUCUUGCUACCGAACGAUUAACAUGUCUCAUGAUUAUGAUCUCUCGUUUUUUCGACAUGUCAACAUUUCAUUUAAAUGAGAGAUCAUUUUGAAUCGAUCGUUCAGUUUUCGAUUGAUCGAAAUGUUGUAUUGAAAAUAUUGGUCGAAAAAAUGAUUGAUCGAAAUGUUGUAUUGAAAAUAUUGGUCGAAAAAAUGAUUGAUCGAAAUGUUGUAUUGAAAAUAUUGGUCGAAAUAAUGAUUGAUCGAAAUUUUAUGCCUAAAAUAUUGGUCGAAAAAAUGAUAGAUCAAAAUUUUGUAUUGAAAAUUUUGUCAAAAAAAAUGAUUGAUCGAAAUUUUUUAUUGGAAAUUUGGUCGAAAAAAAUGAUUGAUCGAAAUGAAUUUUUUUGUUAAAAAGUAUGUUUAAAAACUACUGUUUAAAAAAACCGCUUCUCUUUCAAAUGUUCAUCAUAAUUUCUUUUUUUGAUUUUUUUCGUAAAGAAAUAUCAUCAUCUUUUUUUCUGUUUCUCUGUGUUCACUGGUCCUAAAAAGCAAAAAAAUUUCUACAAUGCCAUAUAGACUAUAACAAAUAAGUUAAAGAAAAAAAUGCAAAACUUUAAUUUGUCGGAAAAAAAUUAAAUAUUUUUCACCUUUUUCACUAGUACUCCGAAAAACCUGCCCCGUGUGAGCGAUCUGUUUUUGAAAAUCGAUCGCUCGGAAUUUCGAUCGAUCAAAAUUUUUAUACUCAAAAUAUUGGUCAAAAAAAUGAUUGAUCGAAAUGUUGUUUUUGAAAAAUAUUGGUUGAAAAAAAAUGAUCGAUCGAAAUGUUGUAUUGAAAAUAUUGGUCGAAAAAAUGAUUGAUCGAAAUGUUGUUUUGAAAAUAUUGGUCGAAAAAAUGAUUGAUCGAAAUGUUGUUUUGAAAAUAUUGGUCGAAAAAAUGAUUGAUCGAAAUGUUGUAUUGAAAAUAUUGGUCGAAAAAAUGAUCGAUCGAAGUGUUGUAUUGAAUAUAUUGGUCGAAAUAUCGAUAUAUCAAACGUUAAAAAUCCAAUGAUUGAUCAUUAAUGGAAGAGAUCAAAAAAACUGAUCUAAUAAACGAUCUCUCAAAAAAUGACAUGUUAAAAUUUGGUUGAACAGUGACAUGUCAAUAGUUUGAUCAAUUGAAAUGGUUGAAUGAUCGGUUUGGUGAACUCUAAUGAGAACCCAUGCAUACAAAUGCGCUUUAGGCUUCAUCGAGAAGAGCACCUAUCAAGGGCUCGAAGAACACUACCACCUGUUGGAGACGAUGCUCCGCGAGCUGCGGCCCAGCGAAGACCUGACGUCUCCGGGCGACGGAGACACCGCCAGCAACGGUUCCGCCGCGAUCGAAGACCCAUCACCGAUGGAGCAAGGAACCGCAACCGUGCAGACCACGCCCAAGACGUCUAGACAGACGACGUCGGCUCGUUCUCCCGCGUCCAAAGUUGCCCAGCCCGACUACCGACGGCAGAUGACCAUCAUCAUCGUCUUGUUGGCGCUCCUGCUCUUUUUCAACUUCGCCUUUGUGGUCUACCUCACGACGACCUCCCACAGCAGGUAUUAACCCGAUCUUAAAAGUCUCAACUGGCGAAAUUCUUCAGGAGCCUGAGCUUCUACAGUGACAUGGUCAAAAGUUUGUCCGAGACGGUGAACGAGCUUGCCAGCAAAGUCGAAGUCGUUCAGAACAACGUAAACGCCAUUCAUGUACCGAGAACCGAACUUUGAAAUAACACAGAUUUUUUUGAAACCUCCCUUGAAUCGAUUUUGAUUCUUAUACUUCUCUAAUUGGAUGGAAUUCUUUUGAGAAUUUUCUGAAAAUUGACGAGAAAAAAGUCUCAACCUGUAAUUCCUACUUUCCAUUCAAAAAAAUUGCUCAAAGCCAAAAACGGUUUUCUGUAAGGGAAUUUUUCUCAGAAAAAGGAAGUUAUAGAGGCUGAAGUUUAUAGAAUCUUUACUUGGUACAUCGAGAAGUAUUCUGGUCAAGUUUCAGAAUUUCUUCCAAAAUCUUUCCUUGUAAGUCUCGAACGGUUCUUACAAGUAGUGUUAGAUUAAAUACUCUCUAGGGACCAUUUCGAUAUACUUCCGCGUGAUACUUACACUUCACUUAUUCUCAAAAUAUCACAUUUUACUCACAAACCGAUUAAUACAUGAUCUCAUCCUUCUUUUAGGCCGGUUCGCCUUGAUUCCGUUUUCUCCGUCCCUUCUUCGCCUAUUUCUUUCCCCCCUGUAUUUAUUCAUUUUUUGUCAUUUUUUGAUCAAUCCUUGUCUAUAUAUCAUUCAAUAAUAUUAUAUGGGUAUUCGAAAUUGUAAAAUUCUUCUUAGAACGCUUUUUUUCCAUAAAUAAUUUGAAAUCGACGAGGAUUUUUGUGGGAGUUCCCAGAAAAACAAAAAGUUGGAUAGUUAAUGAAAAAAAGGAUUAUUAUCUCGUGCAGUUCUUCUUUUUCGGUGAUGAGCUCUUCCGAACUGAAAAAGGUCCAAAAGAGCGAAAAACAACCUUGAAGUUUUGAAACUACGCAGAAAUAAGCGCAAAAAAACGUUACUUUCUUUUUUAAUUUUUUCAAACUUCUGGAAUAGCUUUGAAAUGUUUUUAUCUGGCAAGAAAAAAAGGACAAUAAUUUCUCAUUAUUUUUUUAUCACUUCUACAUCAUUCAUUCACAAAAAAAAAAUUAAAAUAAAAAUAGACCGUUUCGAAAUUCGCCCUUUUUAUUCUUGUGAAGGGAAUCCGAAAAACUGAGUCCAAUAACAAAUUUGUGGCGUGCAAGCCCCGCCUCAAGGAGAAAAAACAACCACGCCUCAUUUCCUCACUCGGAGGUCCAUACAUACCUUUCAAAAUUUUCGUUAUUCAAAUUUCUUAUGAUUGUUGAAAUUUCAGCUUCUCCGGGAGUUAACAAACUUUAGCCUCUUGAAAAUGACUCGGAAUAUCAGCCUCGGGUGAUUGAGCAGUCCCUUUAUUAACAGGAAAAAGUUCCUAAAAAAUAAAAAUUUAUUUUAAACCCUCAAAUGUUAGAAAAUGAGUUUGGGAAGUUAUUCUUUCAGUAAUUCAAUAGAGGACUGCUUUAUCGAACGUUCCAGGCUGGGUUUUCUGAGGUUGUUUUUCGGUGGCCUUAACUUUUCUUCAACGUUUGCUAAAACUUCCAAGUUGAACCUUUAUAGACCCGUUUCCCGACGGAAAACUUCUGAGGAUGAGUCUGGAGCUGAGAAGAAAGAAGCGCUACAAGUUGCUCUACAAGAAUGAAGUGCGGUGCGCGUGCUUGGAGCACAAAGGUCGGCUCGUGUUCGAUACGACCUUCGCGCUCCCUCCCAAGCAGUUCCGCGAGCUCGUGUUCACCGACAGCGAGUUCUUCAAGAAGUUCAACUUGAAAAUGAAUACGACCGACUUCGAAGCAUCCGAAUGGACUGUCGGCAAAAACGAUGUCGAGACGAGGAUCACCAAGUUCAAAGUCGCGAUCAGGCAGCCGGUUGGGCCGCGGAAGUGCCGAGUUGAGGAACGACAGGUGAAUCAACUGAUUUGUUCCGAUUCUUAACGUGAAACUCUCCAGACUCUCACUUACUUGCCUUGCCCAAAUGACGGCUUCUCCGUUCGGAGAGAGUCGAGAGGCUUCGGAUUCCACAGCUCGGACAACUUCUGCGUCAUCGUCAGUUCCAUCAAUCCGAACUUCUUCACGAUAAUCACAACGAGCAUUUUCAGAGCACCCACUGCGUCACAAAAAUUCCUCCUGAUCAUUGUCGCGUGAGAGUUCACGCCGACAUCAUCUACUGGAAGAAGACGUGGAGCAAAGUUCAAGGUCCGUUUUCCCUGACCAGGGACCACUAGAUGCAGUUUCCACGUUUGUUUCGAACUUGGAAAUCGCUGGAAAAGUCUAUGAAAAACUGCGACUGAUCAAAUUGAGGAACAAAUAUCUUGUUUUAUGAGAUUUUGAAAAACAUUCCCGCUAUAGCCAAGGCUCUACAAAAAGUCAAAGGACAAGUUUUACUUGACCAGAGGAUCUAGAACUAUUUAAAGAAGACUUUUAAAUAAGUUAUGGCGCUCCAACUUUGAAAAAAAAAAUCGUAACCAGGAGAGGCUUCGUCGCUGGAAUGCCAUAAGCAUGUGAGCAAAUUUUUGAUAGCCAAACAUUGAUUAAAUAUAUAUCCGAAAAAGAUACAGUAGCUUUUCCGUGACCGACGGAGUUUACUAACUAUCUCAGCCAUCCGUGCUCAAUAGGUUAGUCGAUCUGAGAUGGAUGAUCGCGAAUCAUUCAGUUUUUUGAAUAAUUCUCAAUUAUAGGUUUGAUUCCCAAAGUUGCUCAAAAGAGAGCCCGGAAUUGAGCGUCCAUAACUUUUUAUUCAAGCAUUCUAGGUAACUUUCGAGGCAAGUCGGAGCGAUGAUGAUAUUAUGCAUCUUAAAACCUAGUUUUCAUUUUCAAGUUUAAUUGUAAGCUAAAAUAACUAUCUGAUAAGCGUAUUGGUGAGCAUUUCACUUAUUUAAGAAUACAUCGACGAGAUCACCUACGAUGGAUUCGAGGAAUUCUUCACAAUUUUGGAGGAGAUGCUCCGCGAGGUGCCGGCAGAGCAAGAAGACGACUUCGAGCAGGAGAAAAGCUCUCUUGCAAAGUCAAAAAUGGUCGUCGAAGCUGUUCCGGACGAACCGAAGUCGUCGACGAAAAAAGUGUCCAAGGAACACGUCAAAACUCCUUCGCCCAACUACCGUGCCCAAAUGCGCAUUAUCAUCGCUUUGCUGGUCGUUGGCCUUGGGCUCAACUUCGGACUCCUGGUCCACACAUGGAAGAACAGAAACAGGUAAAAGUCAGACGACUUGUGAUCAAGACAAUUAAAUUCGUUUCGAGCAAGAGAAAUGGCCUUGGAAUGAAUCAGAUUAUAAUCGAGUUCACAGCCAAUUCAACAGUUUUCUCUAAUCUCUAAAAACAUUCAGGCUAUUCUGUCCUUUAUCCAAAAAGCCUUACAUUUUUUCUUUUCAGCGGUGAGGAAUCUAUCGCAGCGACGAUCUACAGUAUGAAGAAAACGGUGGAAGGCGUGACGGACAAGAUCUUCAACAUUCACAAUCAAACCGAGAUCUUUGAAAUUCCGAAGAAGAACACGGUCUCCAACAUCCAGAGACAGGCCAAGAACGUUGACAUUCAGAAUGAGAUGCCUCUCUUUAAAACUCCGAAGCAGAAGAUCUUCAACCUUCAGAGACAAUCCAAGAUCCAUAACAGUCAGAAUCGAGUCUUUUUUUCGGAUCAGACCAGGAUCUUCAACACUCUGAAUCAAGUCUUCGAAAUUCCGAACCCCACCUCGAUUUCCAAAAACCAAGAACAGGCCAAUUUCUUCAAAACGCCGAAACAGACAGAGUUUAUGUGCGAAUUGUAG